AAUUAUUCUGCCAGUGACCGUGAAACCAAAAAGUGCUGCGAAGAAAAAUAAAUAAAUAAAAAACAUACUCAAAACGUUUAAAAAUGAUUCUUAAUUUAAUUUUUGUGACUAUUGUGAGCGUAAUAGUGUCAGGUUAUUUUUACGUGAAAAAUAAAUAUAGGUACUGGGAAGAUAGAGGUGUUCCGUAUGUCAAACCCAAAUUUCCAUUUGGAAUAUUGAAGGGUAUGGGAAGCGAUCGACAUCCAUCUCAAAUCUUCUCAGACGCUUAUAAGGAACUCAAAGGCAAAGGACCUUUUGGCGGUGUGCAUUUCUUCGUUCGACCAGUUGUUCUUCCAACUGAUUUGGAUUUUUUAAGGCAUAUUUUUGUGAAGGAUUUCCAGUAUUUCCAUGAUCGUGGAGUUUAUAUUAAUGAAAGAGAUGACCCUCUCUCUGGUCACCUGUUUUCACUAACUGGACAGAGAUGGAAAAAUUUGAGGAACAAACUGAGCCCUACAUUCACCUCGGGAAAAAUGAAGAUGAUGCACAACACAAUUAUCGCAGUUGCAAAGGAAUUCCAGAACUAUUUGGAGCCAAUGGCCAAAAAUAAUCAAGAGAUUGAAAUUAAAGAUAUUUUGUCUCGAUUCACCACAGAUAUUAUAGGAAAUUGUGCUUUUGGAAUUGAAUGCAACAGUUUGAAAGAACCUGAUACGGAAUUCCGAAGAAUUGGGAAGAAAGUUUUUGAAUUUACACCAUUUGAGUUUCUUCGUAUGUUCUUUUUGGCCAUGUUCCCUGAUCUUGGUCGAACAUUGAGGAUGAAAUUCAAUAAACCUGAAGUUUCUGAGUUCUUCAUGAGACUCCUCAGGGAGACUACUGAAUACAGACAGAAGAAUAAUAUAAAACGAAAUGAUUUUCUAUCACUCUUAAUGCAAAUCAUGAACAAGGGAAAACUUGAUGACGACGAUACGGAUUUAGGGAAAAUGACCUUUGAAGAACUUGCGGCUCAAAGUUUUAUAUUCUUCAUUGGAGGAUAUGAAACAUCUUCAUCUACUAUGACAUUUGCACUCUAUGAAUUGGCACAACAUCAGGAUAUUCAGGAUCGAGCCAGAGAAGAGGUGAACAAAGUACUAGAAAAAUACAAUGGGGAAUAUACUUACGAAGCUUGUAUGGAACUUAAGUAUAUUGAUCAAAUUAUAAAAGAGACACUGAGAAAACAUCCCAUAGCUGAAAGCCUUAUAAGAACUUGCAGUCAAGACUAUUCCGUACCUGAUACUAACUACGUGAUUGAAAAAGGGACUUUUGUAUCUAUAUCUGUCUUUGCCAUACAUCGCGAUCCCGAAAUCUAUCCAGAUCCAGAAAAAUUUGAUCCUGAAAGAUUCACCGACGAGAACAUCAAGCAACGACAUCCUUUUGCUUGGCUUCCAUUCGGAGAAGGUCCUAGGAUAUGUGUAGGAAUGAGAUUCGGCAUGAUGCAAACUAGAGUUGGCUUGGCAAGCCUUCUAUCUAAAUACAGGGUAAAGACUUGUCCUAAAACUCCAAUUCCCAUGGUUUACGAUCCUACUAAGAACGUAAUGUCACCAAAAGGAGGAAUGUGGUUGAAAUUGGAAACCGUUUAAGAUACGUUUGUAAAGAUCACAAUGAUGUAAUCACGCUUUCCUUUUAACCUUAUCAACAAAAGAUAUACAAUUACGAAAUCACAUAAAUUUAUAUUUCUGAAUUUUUGUCAAGUAUAAGUUGGUUACUUUAUACAUUUCUAGCGGAGAGAACUUAAGAAAACGUAAGGAAAACAGAGUUGAUGACAAUCAUUAUCUGCCCAAAUUUUGUCUAAUACAGCUGAUGGAAAUUUAUGUGCUUGAAAUACCAAUCCAAUUUGUAUGAGUAUUUAGUAGCGGUAAUGUGUGACCCUUGUAUACAUUUAUUUUGGCUGUAUUUUGGCUGAAAUACAUAAUAAUACUACCAAUAUCAA